AUGUCCCGGUACCGCCGCGCCCCGUGGGUCGCGAAGGGGCUGCGGGAGUACCCGAGGGGUGGCUACGAGUCAGCUUCCAAGCACCUCAGUCCAGCCGAUGUGGGGGUGAACGUGGCUGGAAGGUCCUUUCUGGUCGCCGGUGCAAGCAGCGGCGUUGGCAAGGCCGCAGCCGAAGAGGUGGCGCGGCGAGGUGGCAUGGUUCAUCUGGUUUGCUGAAAUAAGGAACCGGCUGAGGUUGCCAAAGGAGAAAUAGUGACAGAAACGGGUAAUCAAAGAGAUAUGACUGGCAUGCCUAGAGUGCUGGAAUGGAUGUAUACAGGCCCUUUUAGAAAGGCAAGCUGGGAGGACAAGGAGGAGGAGUUGUGCUCUAUGCAGGGAAGUGGCUUGAGUGCGUGGAGCCUUGCUCUGAAAUGGAUAGUGAGCCAGUCGAGAGCUUAUGGGGUGAGGCACAGAGGUCGGAUCGGUGUGGAUGAUAUGGUGGAUGUCUGCUACACACUGCCUGAUGAAGUCGAGGAAGUAGGCACAUACAUUCUGAGAGCUGCCCUGCUGCCCCUCCUGGAAAAAGAAGCUGAUGCCAGAGUGAUCACUGUCUCUUCUGGGGGCAUGCCAGAAGUUCAAAAACUAAACAUAUCUGACUUGCAGUCGGAAAAUGGGACGUUUGAUGGCACUAUGGUAUAUGCACAAAACAAGAGACAGCAAGUUGUCUUGACAGAGCGAUGGGCCAAAGCUCACAGAAACAUCCAUUGCUCUGCUAUGCACCCUGGCUGGGCAGACACUCCAGCUGUGAGAUCAUCCAUGCCAGCCUUCUAUCAGAAGAUGAAGAACACCCUGCGCACCGAGGCCCAGGGAGCUGAUACUGUUUUAUGGUUGGCAGUAUCACCAAAGUUACCAAGCGGCUUGUUCUUCCAAGACAGGCAGCCAGUCCCUACCCACUUACCCCUGGCAAGCACCCACAGUCCACCGGAGGAUGAGGAGAAGCUAAUGGAGGUGCUGGAAGAGUUCUCCCAGAAGUUUAAAUCCGCUUUUCCAGGAACUCGGUGUCGCUGCUGGCACAGAGUAACCACGAAGCUGCUCAUUACACGGUACCGGCACUGUCGUGCGCCCGCGGGUGAGGGGAAGCAGGACGCCGCGGGCCAGUUAAAAAUAAAUUGGGUUCAGGUGUUCUCAUCAUGGGGAAGAGGGGUGCCUGAAAAGGUUUUUUUUUUCUGCUGCGGAGCGUCUCUCCCAUUGUGAACGUGCACCUGCUGUCUCAAGACACGGUCAGGUGGCUGUGCAAUUUUGAGUUGGUGUUAAACCCCCAAAUCAUUUCAAACCCUCCGCGCAGGGAAGGGCGGAGCAGCGUUCCCUCGAGAGGGACUUCAGGAGGGGAGCAGGGGAUGCUCUAAACCCUGUUUUAACCCCCGCAGCUGGCAGGCUGGCGGCUUCCUCCGCCGCGUGAGGGUGGCUGGGCUCCAGCCUCCAGCUGGGAACGCAGAACCGCUCUGGCAGCGCCUGCUUGGUUUAACUGCGAGGCUUCCUCACGGCCUUCAGGUUCUGUAGAGCAGUGCCGGUGCGCAGAAGCGAUCUGCUUCCUCCUGGUUAAACAGCAAGGAUUCCGGGACACUGCCAAGUGCCUUCCAUGUUACUUUAUGGGGCCAGGGCUGAAUAUAAUCCCGCUCAUGUCAAGACACCGUGGAGUAGGAGGUUUCAACACGUACCACGCCCAGACAUGGCUGGAGCCGGCAAAGGAGUGGCUGCGUGGCUC